GGAGAGAAGCCAUAUUCAUGUCCUAAAUGUGAGAAAUGUUUUACUGACAAAUCAAAUCUUAAUACACAUCAGAGAACUCACACAGGAGAGAAGCCAUAUUCAUGUCCUGAAUGUGGGAAAUGUUUUAGUCAGAAAGCAGAUCUUUGUAAACAUCUGAGAAUUCACACAGGAGAGAAGCCAUAUUCAUGUCCUAAAUGUGAGAAAUGUUUUACUGACAAAUCAAAUCUUAAUACACAUCAGAGAACUCACACAGGAGAGAAGGCAUUUUCAUGUCCUGAAUGUGGGAAGUGUUUUAGCUACAAAUCAAAUUGUGAAACACAUCUGAGAACUCACACAGGAGAGAAGCCCUAUUCAUGUCCUGAAUGUGGGAAAUGUUUUAGUCAGAAAGCAGAGCUUUGUAAACAUCUGAGAACUCACACAAAAGAGAAGCCAUAUUCAUGUCCUGAAUGUGGGAAAUGUUUUAGUCAGAAAAAAGAUCUUAGUAAACAUCUAAGAACUCACACAGGAGAAAGGCCAUAUUCAUGUCCUGAAUGUGGGAAAUGUUUUAGUCAGAAAGCAGAUCUUUGUAAACAUCUGAGAAUUCACACAGGAGAGAAGUGUGAAAUGACCAGGCUGGGAGUUAUUUCUGAUCUCUGA